AUGGUGUUUAGAUCAGCAGGGGACGGAAUUCGCAUAGAACAUCCUCCUGAGUACUGUGAGCAAACUGAAGUUCCCAUCUGUUUUGCAACCAGCUAUCAAUGGUGUAGUCGCUAUUUCGAGAUCGACCUCGGCAAGGCAGGAGUGCAGGACUGGGUCAUGGACCUUAUUCGUCCGGAAAUCACAGUCCGUGAACGAUGCGCCUGUAGAGAAGACUGCGGGGCAGAGUAUGAGCUUCGCGUACAUCUCAUGAAAGACGAUGAAGUGUUCGAUGAAAAUGUAAUCUUGCCGCGUUUCCGUGUUGCCGAGCGAAGUUGGGGACAGUGGGAA